AUGAUAUAUGGGGAUGGUGAAGAUGAAUUUGCAGGAUUUAAUUUUUGUCGAUUCACCAUCAGGAUUGAAAAUGAUGACGAAUCUCCAGACACGAGGGGGCAACUCAAGAUAAUACAAGAAAAGCUUGACUCGUUGCAUCAGGCUUCAAAACCUUCAUCAACUGAUGAAUAUUCUCAAGCUACAGUUAAGUCCCUUCUCGAGACACUCACCAAGGAACAUUCAACAAAUCUUGAGAAGAUGAACAAGGUAGUUGAUAAUUCUGCUACCGUCUGCAACAAAACGACUAAAAAAGUCAAUAAACUAAUUUCUGAUGCCACAACUUUCAUGAAUAACUUCCAAACAUCCUUCGAGUUAAACACAACGAAAGCCACAAAGCAAUAUCUAAUCUUGGCUCCUCUCUUAAAGUUGAAAGGGAAAAAUUUCAAGAAGUUCAUUGUAGCAUUAAAAAUAAUGUUAUUGAAGGUUGUAGAUUAUCUCGUUGGAAACAUUUAG